UAAUAAACGAAAACAGCCGUUUUGUCCAUUUGUGCCGUGGAGGAAAUCCCGGCGUCCAUCUUGUCAUCGUCCCUGUCUCAAAAUGGAGGGGAAUCCAUGCGUCAGCCAGUAAAUAAUCGCCGUCGCGCUCCUCCGUCAUGUAGUAAAAGUGAAAACAAUGCUGCGUUCGGUCCACUAACCUUUUAUCAGUUGAAAUUGUUUUGUUCGGCUCAAUCUCAGAGUAGGUUAGUCGACAAAAGCGCGAAAUCAGUGCUCGUGUGUGCCAAUGGCAACAACCAUGAACCUUCUGGAGCUGGUGGCCGGCCUGAACGGCGCCUUUCUGGACUACACCAGCGACGGCGUCGUCCCCGGAUGGCUCUUCUCCAUGGACUACAUGCCCUGGCUGUGGGCCAUGAUCGGCUCGGCCCUCGUGGGGCUCAGCGGCGUGCUGCCCCUGCUGGUCAUACCCAUCGACCAGACGGACAACCUCAAGCAAGGAGACAGUGCGAACAAAUUGAAGACGUUGCUGAGCUUCGCCGUCGGAGGCCUCCUUGGCGACGUCUUCCUGCACUCGCUUCCGGAAAUAUGGGCCAAUGAUGCGGCCCGAAACGGAGGUCAGCCGACUACAACGACCGGUCUUCUCAUCCUCACCGGUUUGAUAGUAUUUGUAGUGACAGAGAAGCUAUUCACUGUGAUAGAAAAACUGGGAGAGCGCCAUUUGGCGCCCCCGGAAAACAACAACGUCAAAGGAUACAAACAUAUCCCCGAGCCCAAGAAGCACAUAACCGGCUAUUUGAACCUUUUGGCCAACACAAUCGACAACUUCACCCACGGCUUAUCCCUCGGUGGGGCUUUCCUGGUAUCGCUCCGUCUGGGUCUCUUGACCACCUUUGCCAUCCUCGUCCACGAAAUCCCGCACGAGGUUGGCGAUUUUGCCAUUUUGCUCAAAUCGGGCUUCACACGAUGGGACGCCGCCUUUUACCAGAUUUUAACAGCUGGGGGCGGCCUGGUCGGCUCGUUCGCCGCCAUCAUGUGCAGCGGAGCCUCCAAUUCAAUAGAGGCCCGCACGUCGUGGAUUAUGCCCUUCACGGCCGGGACGUUCCUCCACAUCGCGCUGGUCACGGUCCUCCCGGAUUUACUCAAAGAGGAGGACCCCCGGGAGUCACUCAAGCAGAUCCUCGCCCUUAUUGCAGGGAUCAGUGUCAUGGCCAUCGUGACGACUUUAGUUGAGUGAUAAGUGAUAAGAAUUCAGUUGCCAUAUUGUUGAUAGUUUUGUUGUAAAUUACAGUAUUAGUUGUAAUUUUUGUUUUCUUUAGGUAGGGCAUUAAGCGAAAACCAUAUUUUUCCAGUUGUUAGCAUCGUCUGAUGGUAAUCAGACUGAACUAUUUUUGUGAUAUUAACAUUUUUUCAACACAAUAUAUUUUAUUAUUCUGUAGUACUUAAAGUGCUCUUAUAUAUUUUAUAUCAAAAUAAAACAUGACUACGAUGAUAUAUUGUAAAUAAAGAGCAAGAAACGA